AUGCAGAUGCAGAUGCAGAUGCAGUCGUUAUCACCGCACGAGGCCAAGCUAUGCAACAGUCUGCUCACCCACCCCGUCAACUCUUCCCACCGCUAUACAUCUGCCGCCGACUGCGAGCUUCGCCGCAUCCUCUUCACAUCGCUCGCCAACAACCGUGAAGACUACUUGGCCUUCUUCUUCCCAAACGGCACGCCGACUGAUCGCUCAGAACCCUGGUCACUGAAACACGCGCAGGGUGCAAUAGAAGGGGCCGAGUACACGGCGGCCGCGAGGGGCACAGCAUGCGGGCACAUCUUCAAGAAUGGCGAAAGCACGUAUCACUGCAAGACGUGUGCUGCAGACGACACGUGCGUGCUCUGUGCCAAGUGCUUUGACAGCAGUGACCACCAGGGCCACAUGGUUCUCAUCUCCGUCUCGCCUGGGAACAGUGGAUGCUGUGACUGCGGAGACCACGAGGCCUGGAGGAAAGAUGUAAAGUGCUCAAUACACUCGGCAGGUCCGGGCGAAGAAGCGCAGACGGCUGGCAAGAGCGCCGCGAAGGACAAGCAGAAAGCUCCUUUGGGCUCCUUGGCCUCUCAGCUCCCACCAGAUCUCCUUGAGUCCAUCCGCAUGACCAUCGCGAGAAGCGUCGAUUAUCUGUGCGAUGUCUUUUCCUGCUCGCCAGAGCAAUUGCGCCUUCCGAAAUCCGAAGCGUCCAUAGUGACCGACGAGCAGACAUCGAGGCUGGGUGGCAUGUAUGGCGAAGAGCCUGUGGAAGACCACCCCGAAUACGCUCUCAUCCUAUGGAAUGAUGAGAAGCAUACCGUUGACGAUGUCAAGAACCAGGUCGCUCGAGCGUGCAGCAAGUCCAAGACGUUUGGUUUGAGCAAGGCUAUGGAAGUCAACGAUAUUGGCAGAUCUGUCGUCCACUAUUCGCGAGACCGCAAUGAACUGCUGAGAAUGGCUGGCGUGGUGGAACAGCUCAAGCUUACCGUGACCAUUCGCUCUGCGAGAGACGUCUUCCGUGAGCAAAUGUGCUCAACCAUCAUCGAUUGGAUCUCUGACAUAGCUGGCUGUGCUGUGGGAAACGAGCCUUACCUGCUGAGAACUGUUGUCUGCGAAGAACUCCUGAAGCCCUGGCGGACAGGCAGCCAAGCAUCAAACCAAGACAUUGGCAUCCACGGUAUCGAUGACCACGAAAUCGAAGAUAACGACGAGAUUCGCAAGAGAAAUCGAUCCAUGGUCAAUCGCCUGCGACCGAUCAACGCUCCCGCGAUACAAGCCCUCGUGCAAGACAUCGAGGACACUAACGAUGACGACGACGAAAAUGGCGACGAUGAUGACUACGAUAUGGACGAAGGCGACGAUGGUAUGGACAUUGAGGUUGAAGACCUCCGCGCUGCUGUCACGAUUGAUGCAGCGGACAUGGAUAUCGACAUUCUUGAUGAUGUGGACGACGCGGAUGCGACUGGAUUUGCACCCCCGCCACCGCCUCGGGAGCAGAGACAGCGCAUUCUAACGCCCCAGGAAAGCGAUGGAGAAGAGCCCGAGCAAUCAAGACCAAGUACGAACGCACCUUUCGACAAUGUUCCCAAAACCCCCAAAGUACGGGCCCCAAAACGCAUCCGACCCAGCAAGCACUGGCUUGAGAAGCCGGAGGGAUUCAAGGCGCCGCGACCAGCUGAGCCCUGUGAGGAUUUGUGGCAACGAGUCAGGCUAGACUUCUUGAUUCUGUACGACCUCCGACUCUGGAAGACACUGAGGAUCAGUCUCAGGCAUCUUUAUAUCACCACAGUGGUGACAAUACCUCAUUUUAAACGCAAAUUGGGAUUGCGGUUCGCUGGACUCUACACUGCGCUGGCACAGCUGUACCUCAUUGCAGAUCGAGAACCAGAUCAUUCAAUAAUCAAUCUGAGUGUGCAGAUGCUCACCACUCCAACCAUCACUCAAGAGGUCGUUGAGCGGGGCAACUUCUUGACCAAUCUCAUGGCAAUCCUUUUCACCUUCUUGACAACUCGUCAAGUCGGGUUUCCUGAAGAUGUCAACCCAAAGGCGACACUUGCUUUCGAGGCUGGUGCAGUCACCAACAGGCGCAUGUUUCACUUCUUUUUGGACCUGAGAUGGCUCUUUCAGUCGGAGCUUAUCCAUUUCCGCAUGCGUUUCGAGCCUCGCUACCUCCUCCAGUUUCUGGAUCUGGUUAAGCUGCACCAAGGCGUGUGCCCGAACGUAAGAGCGAUCGGAGAACAUGUCGAGUACGAGUCGGAUACAUGGAUAAGCGCCAGCAUGAUUGUGAAGGAGAUAAAUAAGCUGUGCAAACAAGUGGCGGUCUCUUUUCAGCCUGAUCCAAAGUUCGACGAUCAUAACGCAAACCUGCACCGCGCUAUUCGCGUUGUAGGCCAAGUCACCAUGAUCAACGCUUUUGGCUACGAGCGGAAACGGUUUCAAGCCGCUGAGAUCAGGGAUGAUCUGGCAUGGCAUAUGGUUGGCCCAUUCGAUUUUGAAGGACGAACGUACAGUGUGCCAAGGCAUGAGGUGCAGAAGGAGCCUAUGAGUUUCCACCAUCCACUUCAUUACGUCUUGUCUUGGUUGCUGGAAAACGCCAAGAGCAUGAGUCGCGACGAGAUGCGUGCACUUCUGCACUUUUCGCCAGACGACCUCAAAGAUCCUUUCAACGCCACAAGAGCUGCUCCCCCACCGUCAAACUUAACAUCGGACGAGCUCCUCAGUGGGAUCUUUGAUCAUCCAUUGCGCGUCUGCGUCUGGCUCGCACAGAUGAAGGCCGGUAUGUGGGUACGUAAUGGUAUCACCCUACGCCACCAAGCACAUACCUACCGCAGUGUGUCGCACCGAGACGUUGGAUAUCAGCGAGACAUCCUGAUGACCCAAGCUGGGCUGGUCUUGUGCGGUUCUGACGACGAACAGCCCGGAGAACGCUACUUGGCGCAGAUGAUCGAUCGCUUCCAGAUUGAUCAGUGGGUCAAGGGCAGCUACGAUCUGGUGCCUGGCUUUGAGGAACCGCAGCAAAUGGAUGUCUUUGAAGACUUCUUCCAUUUGAUGGUGAUCGUUCUUUCUGAGCGUAGCAAUCUUUUGACAGGCCUCGAUGAAAGAGAGCAACAAGAUCGCGUCCUCCAGCACGAGAUCGCGCACGCUCUAUGCUUCAAACCACUCUCAUUCAGCGAGCUUGCAACCAGGGUGACCGAGAAGGUAGGCGAAUCAGAUGACUUCCAACGAGUGCUGGAGCAUAUGACAAAUUACCGCGCACCGGAAGGUCUCUCAGACACUGGAACAUUUGAGUUGAAGCCAGAGUACAUCGAGCUUGUUGAUCCAUACUACGCUCAUUACUCUCGUAAUUAUCGCGAGGAAGCCGAGCAGACUUACAAGAAACACAUGGCGCGAAAGACGGGGAAAAAGGCCGAAGAUGUCGUUUAUGAGCCGCAUCUGGAACCUAUCAAGAAUGGCCUGUUCAGCAGUCUAGCGGCAUUCACUGCCACAUCCCUUUUCGCUCAGGUGAUUGGCGCGGCCUUGAAUUUUGCGAUCGAUGUCAAGCACACUGCUCCCAAGGUUCAAGUCCCCAGGGUGGAAACAUUCCUUCACAUGGUGCUCCACCUCACGCUGCUUGCCGUACUGGAGGAUAAGAAUGGCGAAAGCGCAGAUAUUGGCUUCGUCUAUCUUGCAACAUCGAAAGCCUGCAACUUUCAAACAGUCACACCGUGGAGCACCCAGACCACGAUCGUAUCACUACUCCUCGCCGUAUCCGGCAUGGAUGAGUACGCAUCCGUCCACCCAGCCAUUAAGCAUGUGCUGCGUAAGAUGCAGCUUCGACAGCCAGAUAAGCUGAUUGCAGCUGGGCCACUUGGUGCUAUACUGGACAGGUCAGAUACUGGUUCCCCAGCUUCACUCUCGGCUGAGGAUAAGGAGCGCAAGAAAGCAGAGGCGAAGGCUCGGCAGGCUAAGGUCAUGGCGCAGAUGAAGCAGCAACAGAACAGCUUUCUUCAGAAUCAAGGCCUCUCUGCUUUUGAUGAUGACGACUUUGAAGAUCUCGGCGAUGACAUGAGCAUCACCGAUGGAUCUGAGAAUCUGCGCAAGACCUGGAAUUUCCCAAAGGGAACGUGUAUCCUGUGUCAAGAAGAGACUGAUGACCAGAGACUCUACGGCACGUUCGCUUUCAUGGGCGAGAGCAACAUUCUGCGACAGACACCCGUUGAUGACCCAGACUACGUUCAAGAAGUGAUUGAUACGCCCCAUAGCCUCGAUCGGGUCGCAGACGACAUUCGCCCAUUUGGUGUAUCUGGCAAGAAUAAAGUCGAGGUACAAAGAGUUGGCCCUGACGGCAAGGUUGUCACUGUCGAGCGACAAGGUCUUUCAAAGGGCUUCCCGCACCAGCGAGAGGGCGUCAAGGGGCCAGUUGCAACCAGCUGUGGGCACAUCAUGCAUUACAACUGUUUUGAGCUCUAUCUCACUGCAACUCAGCGUCGCCAUGCGCAGCAGAUCGCCCGGAACCACCCUGAACGUAUAGAAUACAAGGAAUUCAUCUGCCCGCUCUGCAAAGCUCUUGGCAAUACAUUCCUGCCUAUCAUCUGGAAAGGCAAAGAUUGCGCGCAAGAACAUGAACUCCACGCCUCGCGCAAUUUCAACGACUGGCUGGCAGACGUUGGUAACAACUACCAGCCUGAUCUCACCUUCAUGCAGGAUAUCGUUGCACCCGCGGCCGUGCAUCGCUACCAGCAAGUCCAGGAGUUCUAUUCAAACCGAGCCAUGGCGCACAUGGCACAGAUGUUUGCACCAAGCUUGAUGCAGAACAUGCAGGAUUUAAACCUCGAGUCGCCCACGAGUCCUCAGCAGCCACAUCGCUACCCACUUCGCGGGACUGCUACAUUGUCUAGGCUGUUUGGCCUUCGAGGCUCCGGCGGCACGCCAACAAGUGCACCUACUGGUAUCGACCAGACUCCCUUCGAAGCUCGCUCAUACGAUCUCUUCAAUGCAUAUCAUCGAAUAGAGGAAAGCAUCAAGGUAAAUCAACUGUGCGGCACGAGUACCGACCUUGCUGUAGCUACACCCGUGGUAGCGAUGUCGAGGUCUCUUGGCUUGACUAUAUCCUCAUUUGAGAUUCAACACCGAGGCACUGGGCCGAGCGAUCCGUUUGCCACUUCAUUGGUAAAAGAUCUAUCAGAACAGCACUUGACGCACUUGCGAAUCUUGUCAGAAACCAUCGAGUCUUACUUGGCUAUCAACAUCCUCAGAUCUGGAUCGAAUGUGGUCGCAAGGGAGACGAUUAGGAAGCGCGAUCUCAUCACGGCGCAGCUAUUCGGCGUCGACUCUGAUCCUGCUAUGAUGAAGCUCAAGGAGAUUACUGGCAAGCUUUUGUUUCAGGAUGACAUCUUUCUCUUCCUCGCAGACUGGCUGUCCUUUAUGGCACCGAACGUGGCGGAAGCUUCCUCUAUUUUGCAGCUAUGCUUCUGGGCUGAGGUCGUCAAGGCGAUCUUCGCAUUUCGAUCCAUCGUACAGUCGAAGAUUCUCCCGCCGCAAGCAUACGGUAAUCUGAACAACGCUUUCGCCAGUGCUGUCCACGCGAUGACCAACGAUAUUGCUCUGCCACUGGAUGAGGCACAGAUCGACCUGCUUCGUAUUAUUGUUGACAGAUACGCUCUUGUCUUCCUCCGCAAGAGCGCAGUUUUGAUGCUCAUCCGCUACGGUCUUGACUUUGAAUGCCCUUACGACAUUGAUUCAGAGUCUCCUGAGCUGGAGCGACUCACGAAAUUGCUGCAUAUUCCAUCGCUAGACGACAUCUGCGAGAUCUUCACGAGCAAUGUCGCCGGCAGCACAAACUUGCGUUCCAUCACUGAGCGCUGGCUCUCUCAAGCCAGUCUCGUCAGGCAACAGGAGCAAGACAUCUUUUCCACUUCCUCGAUCACUCUUUCUCACCCAGCGAUAUUUGAGCUCGUCGGUCUUCCGAAGAACUACGACACCCUCACGGAAGAAGCUAUCAAACGCCGCUGUCCCACGACUGGCAAAGAAGUCACAGAUCCAGUGGUGUGCCUACUAUGCGGCGACAUAUUUUGCUCACAGGCCGUCUGCUGCAUGAAAGACCGAUCUAAGGGAGGCUGCUAUCAACACAUGGCUACACAUGGCUUAAAGGUGGGUAUCUUCAUCAAUAUUCGGAAGUGUAUGGUCUUGUUCUUGCAUGGUCCUGGUGGGCAGGGAAGCUUUGCGCACGCCCCAUACUUGGAUCGGCACGGAGAGCCAGAUCCUACUCUUAGACGUCACCACCAAUUGUUCUUAAAUCAGAAGCGAUAUGAGCGUUUGUUAAGGGAAGUCUGGUUGGGACAUGGGAUCCCCACCGUUAUUAGUAGGAAGUUGGAGGGCGAUAUCAACCCCGGUGGGUGGGAAACUCUAUAGUAAAUGCAAGAACAGUUACGUCUAGGCGUUCUUUGUUUAGGUAGAGAUUAGUCUAUUUACUAUCUUUCUACUU